CCGUUUUCUGAGAGCAGCCUCCUUCCUGUAGCCCGGUUGAGGAAGUGAAUUUCGCUGACAGGGCUGGGUUCAGUGAGGGAGAGGCGAACAAAACAUCUUCUGAGGGGGACUAAAAAUACAACAAAACAACACGAAACAAGGGAAGACGUUUGUUACAUCACUGUAACGCGAAAGUGUAAAGUCAUCGUGCUCCCCUGCCCCGCUGAGACCGUCGCAGACCGCCGCAGACAUGAAUGAGCAGCAGCUGGACUGUGCCCUGGACCUGAUGAGGCGUCUGCCUCCUCAGCAGAUCGAGAAGAACCUCAGUGACCUCAUUGACCUGGUGCCCAGUCUGUGUGAGGACCUCCUUUCCUCUGUGGACCAGCCCCUGAAGAUCGCCCGGGACAAGGUGGUGGGCAAAGACUAUCUGCUCUGUGAUUACAACCGAGACGGUGACUCCUACAGAUCCCCAUGGAGUAACAAAUAUGAACCUCCCAUUGAAGAUGGUGCCAUGCCUUCAGCUCGCUUGAGGAAACUCGAGGUCGAAGCCAAUAACGCCUUUGACCAGUACAGAGACCUGUACUUUGAGGGUGGUGUGUCCUCCGUGUACCUUUGGGACUUGGAUCAUGGCUUUGCUGGAGUUAUUCUCAUCAAGAAGGCCGGGGACGGAUCCAAGAAGAUCAAAGGGUGCUGGGACUCCAUCCAUGUGGUAGAGGUGCAGGAGAAGUCCAGCGGUCGCAAUGCUCACUACAAACUCACCUCCACCGUCAUGCUGUGGCUCCAGACAACUAAGACCGGCUCUGGUACCAUGAACCUGGGAGGCAGCCUUACAAGACAGAUGGAAAGAGAUGACCAGGUUGGAGAGAACAAUCCCCACAUCGCCAACAUCGGCCGCCUUGUUGAAGACAUGGAGAAUAAGAUUCGCUCCACACUGAAUGAAAUCUACUUUGGCAAGACCAAGGACAUCGUCAACGGCCUAAGGAGUGUUCAGACUUUGGGUGAGAAGUCAAAGCAGGAAGCUCUGAAGUUAAACCUGGUGGAGGCACUCAAACGCAAAACGCAAAAUAACCCCUAGAGAUGCUACUGUUGUUUUUAUUCUUCUGUCUCUCUCUCUCUCUCUCUCACUCUCUCCGCCUCAUCUCUGCCAUCUUUUCUCUGUUUCUUUACGUCCCUCCCUCCAUGCCUGUUUCAGUGCUGCACUCUUGUUCUUUUGUGGAAAAAAUACAAAAAGUUCUUUUCGUUUUGUUUUUCCUGUCAAAACUUGUUUUCAUGCAUCUCAUCUGCCAUGAAGCCAUUCACUCACCCCGCUCCCUCUGUCUUCUCUUCACCUCUCUUCUUCUCUCUGUCUCUUCUCUCCCAUGUUAUGAAUAUAAUGAUAGUAUUACCACGGUUAAUGAUAAUCUUACAGUGUGAAAUAAUCCCUGAUGUUCUCACUGCUGAUGUGACCUCAGUCGCUUUGAAACGAGCGGCUGUCUCCCCACACCUCCUCAGUGACGAGGAAACGGACAGUGUCUCCUGUGGGGCUGUCAUUAUUAUGUACAUCAAAUUUAAUUCUUGCACCUAUUUUUGUCAACAACACCCCCCAUGAUAUAUUUGUAUAAAAAAUAUGACUGUCCGUGUACAACUGUCAUUAUUCUGGGCGAUGUAAACAGUGUGAACACUAGGGCGGCCUUUAGCUAAUGUGUCACUCUGAACUCCACUUUGUCCACGUGCAUGUGCGCCUGUGUGGGAGCAUAUUGGCUGCAGUGAGCGGAAAUGUAGACUUAUUAAAACAUGGGCAUGGACUGUUAUAAUCACCAGGUGAUGGCACCCACGUUGUCAACCCGACUCCCUACACGGUGUAUAACAUGACAGUUUGCAUCCCCUCUGUUCAGCUUCUUCAACCUUUCUCUCUCUUCACUUACUACGUCAAUGUUGGGGGUCACAGUUUGUCUUUUUGUCUUAUAGCGGAAAUAUCCAACUGUUUCCAUUUUGGAGGGGAAUCUUUUGUUGUAUUUUGUUUUGUUUUUAUUUUGUAAAGCUUAUGAUUCAUAUUGUAUUAGAGCCUCCAGCAACAAUAAAAACGGCAAAAAGCUACCCCUGUUCUUAA